UUAGGUGCAGGCGUGCAGCUGCUACCUAUCAUUUUAUAGUAAAAUUUCCAAUUUAUAGAAGAGAGGAGAGCUGUAUCCUGUAAGAUUCGCGGACAAUCAAACAGAUAUUUGAUCAACAAAGUCUGUGAGUACAUUGGAAAAUGGCUGUGACAGAAACCUUUUUCUUAUCUCAUGGAUCGCCGUUGAUGUCAAUAGACGAGAGCAUACUGGCAAGGAAUUUCUUUCAAUCCUGGCGACGGGAUACAUACAAAGACAGGCCAAAGGCCAUUCUAAUGAUUUCUGGUCACUGGGAUACUCGUGAGCCCGCCGUUAACGUCGUUGACCUCAACGACACCAUCUACGACUUCUAUGGCUUCCCCGACGCCAUGUAUAAGCUCAAGUAUACGCCGCCUGGAGCUCCGGAGUUGGCGAAGAGGGUGAAACAGGUGCUCAUGGCUUCUGGAUUUAAGCGAGUUGAUGAGGAUAAAAAACGGGGGCUUGAUCAUGGUGCGUGGGUUCCGCUGAUGUUCAUGUAUCCCGAGGCUGAUAUCCCAGUUUGCCAGCUCUCUAUUCAGUCAGAUAAAGAUGGCACCUACCAUUAUAACAUGGGCAGGGCACUGGCCCCUCUCAGGGAGGAAGGCGUCCUCAUAAUUGGCUCCGGAUCCACCACUCACAACUUGAGGGCCAUUCAACCUAAUGGAACUCCCCCUCCUCCUUGGGCAUUACGGUUUGAUUCCUGGCUUAAAGACGCUCUUCUUCAAGGAAGAUACGAAGAUGUGAAUCACUUUGAUGUCAAGGCACCGCAAGCAAAAAUGGCACAUCCUUGGCCGGACCACUUUUACCCAUUGCAUGUGGCCAUGGGUGCUGCUGGGGAGAAUGCCAAGGCCAAGCUUGUGCACCACAGCUGGAGCAACGGUACCCUUUCUUAUGCUUCUUAUCAGUUUACAGAAGCCAAAUGAAUUUCAUUGUACUAUGUUGUGAUUGCAUUGUACUAUGGUGUUAUUGCAUUGGAGUCUGUUUGAUUCUCCAUCCAUGGAAAAAUAAGGUCCAGUCAGCGAAUCUUAAAUGGGAAAGAUUUUGUAAGUUGUAUUAAUGUAAAUCUGUGCCUGGUAUGAUGAUAUUUUAUAAUUAAUUGUUAUUAUUAUUUUUUGUUGCUA